AUGUUGGCAGAAGGCAUCUUAACUGGACUCAUAUUUAAAGAAAGCUGUCACCAAGAUAAGCCUCGCAAAUCUCAUGCAUCCAGAAAGGAUAAAGAGGGAAUCUGGAGACAGAAACUUGUAGACAACCUGAAAAUGAAGGGCUUUGCUGAUGGACAUGAGAAGCAGGAUGAGAUCUCUUCUAGAAGCAGUAAAAUGGAACACAGGUGUGGUCCUCAAUGGAGAUCCACAAAAGAGGUACCUGCAAAAAAUCAGAAAAUGCUUGUUAAAGGAACUGUAUCACCAGCUUUACAUAUCCCCAAAAGAGAACAAACCCCUGAACAGAUGGAUUUGUAUAGAUCCUGGUCAUGCUGCAGCAUUUAUCAAAACUAUCCUGACUUACAUAUUGGGGGAGACCGUGUCGGGGACCAUACAUGUGAUUCGGGUUGUGUUUUGGACCAUGUGUGUGACGAACUCCCCGAUGGCCCUGUUUUACUGUCCGUAGAUAUUCCUCUGGGUCAGUCCCCUCUAUGUGAGCAUCCCGAAAAGCCAAGUAUAAAGUCCCUGUCUGGAGAUGAAGCUGGAGAAAGGAGUAUCAUGCUUGGUGAGGAGCCUCUUUCAAACUCCAUGCUCAACAAGUACAUGGAAACAAAAGUGGCAGAGCUCUAUAAACAGUUUUUUGAAGAAAACUUGACCAGGUGUGGUUCUGUAACAAACCUCCUCACUUGCAGUUUGAUAAGGAAUAACCUGAAUCAGAUAAGCUUUCAGAUAUCACAGGAGCAGAAAAUAGAAACAUCAAAAGCCAGAGAAGUGCUCUUGCACUCUAUAGCUUUGUUUAGUUUGCGCAGCGCUACCAAUAGAAAUAGCUCUGAGUUUAGUACUCCAAACUUACAAAUCUCAAACCCAGCAUGCAUGAAAAAUAGCUGCAGGAAGCAGUUUACAUCAUGA